AGAGAUGAUGAAACUACUCAUCGCUAUUCUCUACCUUGCAAGUGCUGCCUCUACCUUAAACAUAAGCCAAGUAAUCAAUUCUACGAAUACAUAUAUGGGGCUUCCUCUUGUCAAGGCGAAUAAGUUUGCAACGAAAGCUCUCCUGAAAGUAUUCUUUUUCAUUACGGAAUUCAAAGAGAGCGACGAGAAAUUUUACAAGGAUCUCAUGGCUGUCUCAGACGAUAUCUUGAGCUAUACCAAAGUUGGGAGUGAGGAAGAGUUUUUUGCUGAACUGAUGAAGAAGUCUCCAGAUCUCGGAGCAAGGAUGAAGAACAUGUAUGAUUCUAGGAAGAAAGAACUUGCUGAGCUCAAACCCGAAGUGCAGGAGUUUGCUGAAAAUAUAACGGAAUUUAUGUCAAAAAGCAUUAUCCUUGACGAGCACAAAGCAAUGCCUGAUUCUGUUGCGCACGAGAUUGACCUAGGAAUUAUUGAAAAGUUCAGUGCCUUAUCUGAUGAUGCCAAGGAGUUUAUCAAGGAAAAGUUCCCUGUAUUUGAAACAGUUCUCGAGGAAGCAACAAAACGUCUUCAAGAACACUAGACUUUGUCAAGAAUCUUUCUUGCAGCUUUUAUGAGAAGUGAAGAUCAAUGCAUAAAGUUUGGUCA